AUUGCUUGCUUUGGAAUAACUGGAAAUAAACACAGUGUGUGAGUGCCCCAUAUGCACAGGGAUGGGCUCUCUCCCCCAGAGGUUUUCAGCUAUUCCACCAGACAGAUUAGGAGGAAAGACAUCUGCCAGAGAGGGGAAUGCAACCGUCUUGAAAAUUUGUGGCUGUAAUUUGGACCUUUGUCAUGCCCACGUACUGUGUCACUGUGAGAGGAAUUCAGUUACCAUGGGUUACCCUAUCAGUACGGGGACCAAGUGCCUCCCCUCCCAACAGCUCUAUAAAAAGAGUCGCUCCAAGACACCCCAGCAGCUUCUGCAUACCGGCACAGACCCAGGGAAACUUGGCCACAGGGGGACGGCCACCAGAGGAGGUGUCAGCAUGCCGUCUGCUUUCCAGUUUCAAUGCCACCUCAUUCUCAUCUUCCUGGCCGCUUCCAAAGGAGAAACCAGAUACUUAGAGGUGGGGGAUGCUGGCGAAGAUGACCCCUUCCUACUACUCAGUGAAGAUCUGAAGCGAGAGCUGUCUGCAGGACAGGUCUACCGGCGGUCACUCCGGUGCAUUGACAUGCUGAGUAUAGGGGGGCAGUUCACCUUCACCGCAGACCAACCACAGCUGCACUGUGCAACCUUCUUCAUCGGAGAGCCCGAGGAGCUCAUCACAAUACACUACGACUUUGUAAACAUCGACUGCCGAGGGGGGGACUUCCUGAAGAUGUUUGAUGGAUGGAUACUCAAGGGAGAGAAAUUUCCCAGUUCCUUGGACCACCCUCUCUCCACUUCUCAAAGAUACGUAGAUUUCUGUGAAAGUGGGAAUAUUCAGAGGAGCAUCAGAUCAUCACAGAACGUGGCAAUGAUCUUCUUCAGUAUUCAGGUACCAGGCAAUGGAUUUACUGUCACAGUCAAGAAAAACAGCAAUCUCUUCCCUUGCAAUGUCAUCUCUCAGACCCCCUCAGGAAGAUUUACCAUGGUCAUUCCUCACCAGCACAGAAACUGCAGCUUCUCCAUAAUCUACCCAGUGGUGAUAAAAAUAUCUGAUCUUAUCCUGGGACAUUUAAAUGGUCUCUUUUUAAAGAAACCAUCUGCAAGCUGUGCAGGAGUGGGAGAUUUUGUAGAGCUUCUUGGAGGAGCUGGCUUAGACCCAUCCAAGAUGUUUCCAUUAGCUGACCUCUGUCAUUCCUUUCAUGGAUCUGCCCAAAUGAAGAUUGGUUGUGACAACACUGUGCUGCGAAUGGUCUCCAGUGGCAAACACAUCAACCGUGUGACAUUUGAGUAUCAUCAGCUGGAUCUGCAGGAAACAGAAACAAGAAAGGAAAACAGCAUUGAGGAAUUCUGCUUUCCUAGUAUCUGAGAAACCAGGACAUGCAGCUUCACAUAGCUAAUGAAAAUAAAGUUCUAUAAUAAUGUAUUUUUUCCUUUAACUAGCUGAUGGUGUCAAGCCUUUCUAUAAGCAUAAUUCUUUUCUCAUACAAAUCGGUCAUUCCCAUCAGCAAGCAGGAAAAAGCAACAAAUGUAUUAAUCUUUGUUAUUAUCAUUAUAUUCUUUCUGCAAUGUCUAAGCUCAUUUACUAUGUCGAAAAUCAAUAGCAAGAAUAGAAGGGUAUUUUUCCUGUAUGAAUAUUGUUAGGAAAAUAGACAAAAAACCUAGUCUGGGGAUAUAUUAAACCCACAAUAAAUAUAAACUUCAUGCAGCAGCUUUAUCCUUUUAUAUCAAGUAUAAACAAAGAAACAAAAAAAAAGAUGGUGAGAUACAAUUCCUGUUUUGUAAGAGGAAGCCAAACAUUCGUGUGCAUAAAAACUACUGUUUUACUUAUGACUAUAAAUGUACUGUUUAUUUCUAAUGACAUGUUUUUAAUAAAAAUUUAUAGCAUGAGACUUCCUUACACAAAUCCAAACAUAAAUAAAUGCAUUUAAAGAGUUGGCAAA